AUGGCGCUGAGGCUCGUGGACGACGACCUGGUGCUGGAGGCCGCGCUCUCGCUCUUGGAGCAGCCCGACGGUGACAGCACGCAGCGAACCUCGACCGACAGCCCUCAACGCCAGAACAACAAGAAGAAGCGCAAGAGCAGCUCGAAUCGAGCGCGGGAGGCUCAGUACCAGGAGCUGCUGGCGUUGCGUGAGCAGGUUCCGCGACUGGAGAAACACUUGGCCGAGCUGCAGGAGCAGGCUCAGCACAAGAGCUCGCCGAUGCUGGACUUGUGGAGGAAGCUGGCGACGGUCGAGCGUCAGAGUCGAGCGAACGCCGAGGACGAGAACCGCCGACUGCGCGCGUUGGUGCGUGAGAACGCCGACGCAACAGCCCAAAGCGUGCACCAACUGCUGCAGACUAAUACCUGCAGACAGGAGCAUAGCGGUAGCGAGGCGGACGCUUGGCCUCCAGAGCGGUGGCCCUACCGACACGUGUACGCUGUGCCAGUGGAUCCGUCUGAUGGGAACCUGAUCCAAGAGAUGGCGACGAGUGUCGACGCGGUGUACCGCCAAGUGCUUCAAGUGUACAGCCCCGAGUCCGUUCAAGGGACCAGUGAGUGCCCUGCGACUCGGUUCCAGUCGGUGGGGAACGCCCACCGCCGCCGCUUCGCCGACAAAGAGCUGCCGUUUGACGUCGACUCAGUCGCCGACGCCGCGUGGCAGUUCUUCGCGCACUCCUCCCGACGCCCCACCACGCGGUUCUACUACCACCCGGACGCGCACCAGGCUGCGGGGCUCGUGAGCGACGACACGGUCGUCGAGAUCUUCGGCGAGGAGCAUCGCUUCGGCCACGUGCUGCUCGACAUCAAGAUCAAGCAGAUCGUGCGGCGCUACGUGGCAGCCGACCGCGUGGUGGUGGCCUGGCGGGCGCUGCUGAGCCCGGACAAGUUCAAGACGGAGACGCUGAGCGACGUCGUGUACGAGGAGAAGGGCGCGCUCGUGAUCGAGCCCUGCCCAAGCCUCGUUGAGACCAUGACGCUGCUCUUCGCCGAGGGCUCCAAGACCACGGAGCUGUCGGACGCGCGGCUGCGCGAGAUCGUGCGCGAGACGCUGCAGAAGCUCGAGACGCAGCGCGGCGCCAAGUUCGAGCGCGCGGUGAUCGUGCCCCCGGACUUCACGCGCUUCCACUCGAAGUCGGGGGUGCUGUCGCAGUAUGCGUACGAGUAUCUGCAGGACAAGAUGUUCGGUGACAUUCCCAAGGACGUCUUCCGUGUGCACGACUGGAGGAACGACGUCGUGACCAUCGGCCAGGUGCCUGCCGAUCUCAUCCGUGAGGCGAGCGAUGGCAAAGUGAAUGAGCCGUGGCCGGCGCAGAUCAACAAGCUGCUGUGGGAAGGUGGCCACGACCUGGUGCUCUCGAUCGGUCAGGUCGUGCCUCACGAGGUCAUGGGCAUGGCCAACUACAACAAGAACAUCUUCGUCGGCACGGGCGGCAGUGAAGGCAUCAACUUCUCGCACUUCAUCGGCGCCGUGUACGGCAUGGAGCGCAUGAUGGGGCGAGCGGACAACCCGCUGCGCCGGAUCCUCAACUACGCGUCCACCAACUUCCUGCAGAAGCUGCCCCUCAUCUACAUCCAGACGGUCAUCGGACGCGGAGAGAACGGAGACCUCGUGACGCGCGGCGUGUUCAUCGGAGAUGACGAGGAGUGCUUCAUGAAGGCUGCCGAGCUGUCGCUGGAGGUGAACUUCGAGCUCCUGGACGCGCCUAUCGACAAGGUGGUCGUGUACCUCGACCCGGAGGAGUUCAAGUCCACGUGGCUGGGCAACAAGUCCAUCUACCGCACGCGCAUGGCGAUUGCAGACGACGGUGAACUGAUCGUGCUUGCCCCCGGCGUGGCGCGCUUCGGCGAGGACAAGCGGAUCGACGAGCUCAUCCGCAAGUACGGCUACCGCACGACUCCGGAAGUGCUGGCUCACCUGAACGCCAACCGGGACCUGAUGAAGAACCUGAGUGCCGCUGCGCACUUGAUCCACGGCUCGUCCGAGGGCCGCUUCCGCAUCACGUACUGCCCCGGUCACCUCACCAAGGAGGAGGUGGAAGGCGUCGGCUUCGGCUUCGGCGACCUGAAGGAGAUGAGUGCCAAGUACCCGAUCGACAAGCUGCAGGACGGCUGGAACGUCGACGCCAACGGCGAGAAGUUCUUCUAUAUCUCCAACCCGGCGCUGGGUCUCUGGGCGUACCGAGGACGCUUCGAAGGCUCGUCGCAGCCCGCAAGCAGUGCGCCCUCAACUGCCGCCACCACCACCAGCCUCUCAGCUGCCGCCGACACGACUGAAGCCUGCCUCGACGCCGGCGUGGGCGGUGGCCCCUUCAAGCACACCUAA